CCACUAACGACAUCAAAGUUAGUAAGAAUCAAGAUGGCUGCUACCAACUCGAGUAUACCCAGUGAUAAUCCAACAAAGAAGGAGGAUGAAUUCAACGAAUUUUAUACAGAAGUGAAAGAAAUAGAAAAAAGGGAUUCAGUAUUGACUCCCAAGCAACAAAUUGAUAGACUACUUCGGCCUGGAUCAUCUUAUUUUAACUUAAACCCUUUUGAGGUGUUGCAAAUUGAUCCGUCAACUUCUAUAGAUGAGAUCAAGAAGAAAUAUCGACGUAUGUCAAUACUUGUCCAUCCUGAUAAAAAUCAGGAUGAUGCAGAACGUGCACAACAAGCAUUUGAAAUUGUAAAUAAAGCAUGGAAAACAUUAGAGAAUGAAGAAACCAGAGCAAAAUGUAUGGAUGUUAUUGAAGAAGCCAAAGCUCGGACUGACCACAUGAUUGCGGAGAAGAAAAAGAAAUUGAAAAAAGAGGGAAAAACAGAUAGCGGAGCUAUACUUGAAGAAGAAACAGACGAAGGUUACAGACAUGCAGUCUGGGUCAUGACAAUGAAGCUUUUCGCUGACAUGGAGCGCAGAAGAAGAGAAUUAGCUACUAGAGAUGCGGAGCAGCGUAAAAGAAAACGAGAAGAAGAAUUAUCCGCGGAAGCGCAAGCUGCGUUAGAACGUGAGUGGCAAAAAAAUUUCGAAGAAUCUCGACAAUCAAGAGUCGACAGUUGGAAAGCUUUCCAAUCUGGUAGUAGUGCUACAAAACAAAAGAAAGCUAAGAAACUGAAGGCUUUCAGGCCACCCAAGACGAAAGCAGAAUCUCGAUAAUUAAAUUCUUGUUCCUGGCACCUGAGUAGAUUCCUUUAUUCAGUACAAUGUCUUUUUUUCUAUAUUUCUUGAGGAAAUAGUGUUCUAUUCAUCAUAUGACAUUAAAUUUAUUGAAACUGUUUGAGACUGUUCUCAUUUCACACGUAUUAGCUAAUCAAAAACUUGUUAUUCAAGACUAAUUAUAUCGAAUCAGGUGUCAAAGCAGGCAAUGUGGUAUAAACGAAAUAACAAGUAGCUUGAGUAACAAAGUGAGAACGUAUAAUGAAUGUAUCUUUUAAGAAUUUGUGUGUUUGUUGAAUGCUUAGGUAUGUAUGGAUAUGCAUACAUAGUUGUGAUACAUUUACAUGGCCCUGGUAAGUUAAAUUUGAACGCAGUCUGAGUAUAAAAAAUUAUUUUUAAAUUUUAAUAUAAUCUAUAUUUCCAGUGUGUAUUAUAGCAAUUAUCAAUUCUGAAGUGUAUACACACUUCAUACUUUUUAAACAAAUCAAUUAAUUAAUUUUAUUAGGUUAAAAUUUUGUACCGCAUAAUGUACGAUAAUGAAGGUACAGUAUACAAAUAUGAUUUCAUGCAAAGUAUCAGUAUAUAACCUUUAAUCACGUAAUUAUCAUUCUAUUCUAAAAUAAAAUGUUUUAUUUAUUACUUACGUUUAUUAGAUGAAAGCAGGAUAUCUUUCGAAUUUCUUUCUUCCACUUUUUGCAACUACUUUAGUUCGUUAUACCCCGUUAUGAAAUCCACUACAUUAGUCAUAACUCCCACUUCAGAUAAAUUAAAAAAAUUACAGUUAUUAUUAUUUUAAUUAUUAAACUGUUAUAUUAAUUAAUUAUUAAAUUAUUAUUAAAUUUUAUUAUUAAGUGUUAAACAAAGUGAUAAAACGAAAUUGUAAAUUACACUGUCGCGUUCAACUAACUUAACGGGUCAUAUAGUCACGACUUCCGGUUUACUAUCGGUAAAACAAAUGUUGCAACUCAACGUACAUUUGGUCCAAUUGUAUUUGUAAGAUUAUUGUAGAAGAGGGACGUAAAUUUUCUCGUUACAGUCACUUCAUACAGUCUUAUCAACAUAUGAAAGUCAAUGUUGUACAAGUGCCGAUGUGAAUGAGAAUAUGUGAGUAUAAAAGAAAUCUGAAUAUAGGAUUUUUAUUAAAGACAUUAAAUCGUAUGAAUGAACUUCGCUGUGAAGCAGUAUAUUUUUAACCUUUCUUUCUUCUUAUGUUUUUGUAAUAUACCGCUCCAAAUUGUCGUCACCUGUUCACGUAAUAUUAAUGUGAAUUUUUCUAUGAUGCCAUAUACUUCGCUAACACCGAUUUAUAUACCAGCGCAAAUAUUAAUGACCAGUUCACUGUUCACAGGCAACGCCGAAUGAUGCAUUAAAUACACAGUUGAAAGGUACCUCGUUUAGUUAUAUGUAUAACAGAAAAAAGACAAUUUUGUUACAUCUCGCAACAGAUCACUUUUUAAACAUUCAGCAUCGAACGAAAUUGCGUAAGACAUCUUUUUAAUAUCUUUUUACAUUUUUUUUUCAUUAUUCACUCAUUUAUGGUUAUGUACACGACUGUAUCAUAGUAUUAUUUAAUAGAAGGAAACAAUUAGUUUCGUACAUAAAGUAUGGAUGUAUGUAUAUUAAAGUAUAAUUUGUAUUGUUCAUUA